AUGAAGGUCACUUUCCUCGUCUCGGCCUUCGCGGCCCUGAGCUCCGUCUCAGUCUCGGCUUUCCCCUUCAUGUCGCCCAGCGGCAACACCGAGAUCUUCGGCCUCAUCAACAAGCUGAAGCGCUUCGACCCCAAGCAGAUCGAGGCCCUCACCGCCCAGAUCAAGCAGGGCAUGGCUGAGGCCGGUGUCGACGUCCCCAAGACCAACUUCGGCCAGACCAACUUCCGCGGAUUGACGCAGGAUGGUCUUUACGAGGCUUUCGGCCUUAAGCGUGACCGCCAGACCGCCGUCGACGGCAACCAGGCCAACGCCCAGAACAACACCUUCGACACCACCGGCACUAUCCCUGCCAACUCGACCCUUGUUGGCCGUGACCUCGCCUCCUUCCUCGGUUUCGGCCCCGCCGAGGACGCUGACCACCCCUGGAUCGCUCCCGGCCCCGGUGACUUCCGUGGCCCCUGCCCCGGUCUCAACACCGCCGCUAACCACGGCUACAUCCCCCGCAACGGUCUCGUGAACCCCGUUCAGCUCUUCGUCGGUACUUUCCAGGCUCUCUCGCUCUCCCCCGACCUCUGCGCUGUCCUCGGCACACUCUCGUUCCUCUUCAAGGGUGACAUGACCAAGCUUGAGCUUUCCAUCGGCACCCGCAACGGUCUCGGCGACGGUCUUGCCGGCCACGGUGUCCUCGAGGGCGAUGCCUCCGUCACUCGCCAGGACGCUCACCUUGGCAACCAGUGGGACCUCGACUCGGGCCGCUUCAACCAGUUUAUUCAGGAGAUGGACCAGUACGGCGGCGGCGACGUCACCCCCUACCAGCUCGCCCAGUCCCGCUACCGCGCCUGGGCCUACUCGCGCAAGAACAACCCGCGCUUCGACUUCAACCCCUGGCGCAUGCUCGUCGCCUACGGCGAGUCGGGCUUCGUCAUGGAGAACCUCCGCGGUGACAACAUCAAGUUCACCAAGGACAUGGCCUACCACUGGUUCGUCCUUGAGCGCUUCCCUCCCGGAUGGUCGAAGCGCAAGAUCCCGAUGACUGUCGUCGAGAUUGUCGCUUGGGCUCUCCUCAUCAACGGCCUCAAGCCCACCUCGCCCGGCUGGUCGCUCGGCAUCAAGGGCCUUUUCAUCCCCAUUCCCGACUUCUCCUCGCUCGGUGGCUUCUUUGCUGGAGGCUUCCUCGGCGGCAACGGCGCCGGCACCAUCCAGAGCGUCGGCUGCGCCAUGUCCGGCGCCGUCCUCGGCUGGUUCCCUUCCACCCUCAGCAACCUCUUCGGCGCGCUCAACAUCGGCAGCCUUAACGGCAUGUCGUGCUAA